AUGGCGGCGCCCAUGAGCUUCUUUCCUCGAAUGAUCGUAGGGGGAACAACAUUUAUUGUUGUAGUUGCUGGGGCGUUUUAUAUCUACUAUAAAACGAGAUACAUAUUUGAUGAUAAGACAUCGGAUGAUGAGGCGGGUGAAAAGAAUGUCAGUAAAAAUGAAGAUCUAACAGAUGAACCGGAACACAGAAAAGAAGAUUCACGAUCAGAUUCUUCAAGCAUUGAUCCCGAGGCUGCUGAUUUCACUACCAUCAAUUUGAUCAAGUUACUACAGUGUGAUCAGGAUGAUAGUCAGCUAUGCAAAGUUUUGACAACUCUCGCAAACAAAGCGGCAUUCACACAGGGACAGAAUGCUGUGCGCCUUGCUGGGGGUCUACCAGUUAUCGUAAAACAACUCGAGAGAGAUGGGGAAAGUGUGAAAACAAGCGCUGCCAGCUGUGUUGCAAAUCUGUCUCUAAAUAAUCGUAAUCAGCCCAUACUACUCAAGUCUUGCAGUCAAACUCUUCUCCAGUUAAGCUCCGACCAGAAUCACAGCGAUGAUCUUCGCUUAGCCUGUAUACAAGCACUGGUCAACUUGUCGGUUAGUGGUCAAUGCGGGGAUUGCUUUGGGCCGCUAGCUUUGCAUAGUCUCUUCAAGCUUCUUGGAGACGGUUCGACACCUUUAGGACAGCAAGCACUACGUGUGUUAGUCAAUCUGUCCGCUGACGGCACGGUGUCACCAGCCCUGCUCCAAUAUGAGGUUACAGAGAGUUUCCUGGGUCUCCUUCAGCCGCAUCACACUGACGAAUCCCUUCUCAGGACGCUAUCAUUUCUUCUGAACCUUAAACGAGAAAGCCUUACCGCCACCGGGACCACCAUCGGUGGCGCCGUCCCGAGGGACAGUUUCUCAAACUACUUUUCCCAAAGGGCAGAUGAGUUGACUGUUGUUAUCAAAGUCUUGAUGGACCAUGGCAACACAGACGUGAGGCAACAGGCGGGGAGGCUGCUGGUGUUAUUGUCUGCGCCAUAAAAUAUCAAGAUUGUUAUCUCGUAUCCAGCAUUGUGUGACCAAAUUUGCUUAGCGUGAAAUUUCUUCCUUGAUAAAAACAGGAUUACCAACUGCUCAUUGGCAUAUUUUACAACUUCUACUCAUUUUUACUCUAACAUUCUAAAAACAAAAUACUUAGCUCUUAUUCUUUCAAACUUUCUCAAGAUACAUAUAUGCAACUCCAAAUCAUGUUUAAAUCUCAACAGAUUUAUUUAAACUGUAACACUUGCAUUAUUAUGUACAGUAAUUGCAUAUGUACAAAACCACUGCAUAAAUUUGUCUGCAUGUAUGUACACCUUUCCAUGUUCCAAAAACGAAGCUAACUUAAUUUAAACAAACCUGUACAGUUAUAAUUUAACUUUAUAAAUUAACCUUGUGGAUCUAUUAUACAGGUAGAACAUGUAUAUAUAUACAGGUAGCAAAUUUAUAAUAGAAAUGUUUUCCAAUUAAAGUAUUCCUUAAUCCAAAGACCCAAACAAAAAGAGUUCUGUUUACAGUUUCUUGUGUUGCUUGACCGGCAAAACUACUUUUUCCAAGCUGUUCAUUGGUUUUGUAAAUGAGAUAUUGUACAUUUACUUUCUCACAUUUGCAGUAAACAUGAGAAAAUUUUAUUUCUUUCUGAAAGCGAAAACAGCUAUUUUAUCUGGGGUAACCAAUUUACAAGGUGCCGUGGCACAAUCCAGGGGUUGAUUUCACAAAGAGUUAGGACUAGUCCUAACUUAGGACUAGUCUUAGGAGAUACUAAUAAUGUAUGGCUAGUCCUGUUGCCCUGGUUUUGGCCUUGGUGUCCUCAACCGACUUCAGAUUUUCCAAUGGAAGUGCCCUUUGCAAAAUAAAAAUGGCGUUGCCCUUUCAACAUGUUCAAAAAUAAAGUUCCAGGCUUGCAAUCAACCAUACCAGAAAGCACCACGGUGAACCUCGUCUAAUAAAGAUAAGUGUCAUUUUUAUGUGCACUUCACAACAGACAGGACUUACAACUAUACAUCCCCUAAGGAUGAAGCAAUGGUUAAGGUUCUUCCUACAGGACACAAGUGUCCUAACCUGGACUGGAACCCCCACUCUGCUGACCAGAAACACCACAGUCUCAAGUCCAGUGCGCUUGACCGAUCAGCCGAAACAGGAAUGUCUUUACUCAAGUAGACACAAACAAUUCUAGGAUACCAAACUGUAGCGCAGUGUAUACUACCAUCUCUUAUUAUACUGGCUGUACACUCACUGUGUGCACAUCUUAUA